ACUCCAUCAAACCGUCGAGUCUGAGCUUUUAUUUGGCAAUGCGCUUUUGGCGUCCGACUCUGUCUCUUGUCUUUCCUUCUUAACGUUCCUUUCGUACUAGAUCUCCAUCCAUCUUAAUUGCAUCGUAUCGUAUCGAUCGAUCGACCUAGAUCGCCCACUCCUUUAUCUCGACCUUUCAGCGAAUGCGAAUAGCACUAUACAUUUCAAUUUGAUUACAAAUUCCCAAACUCAACUUCAAUCGGAUUGAAUAUACGACAACCGAGGGCGCGGUUAGCGCUCAUACAUCUUGAGCAUGCCUUCCGAAAAGACUCCUUUCUACGACCCCAUACCUCCUACAUACGACCAGGCCCUGGCAAGCGGUAGUCGCUAUGAUCCUGACGAUUGGGCUCCAGCCCCGAGGUCUCCGACCAACGAGCGAAAUGCAACCGAAGCCGAAUCCCAAGGUCUCCUACAGCACUCAAGUGCUGCCAGCUCUUCACGCAGGCCCGACGGAUACCGACCACCAACAGUAGAAACCGACGAUGAGGACAGUUUGUGGGCCAGCGACAGCGACACUGAUGACGAGGCCGCGCAGGUCCGGCGUGAGAUGCAGGAGAUGGAGAUCGAAGAGCCCGACCGAUCCCAUGGCUCUCAGUGGGGGAAGCGAAUAGGCUCAUAUCUAACUCUUCCGCGAUGGAAAUGGUCCUGGCGCCCGAGAUUACCACGAUUACGCAUACGUCUACCUCAACGAGCUGAUGCACCAGCUGCCGAAAAUGCCGAGACUACUACGGAUGAGAAUGAGGAGACGCCAAGCCAAACAACGAGGAGGUGGAGUAUACCCAAGUUCGACAAGACAGUCGUCAUCCUGUUCUGCGUGCGCAUUCUGGCGCUCACGAUUAUACUGGGUUUCUUCUAUCUGCUGUUCGCCAGUGAUAUGUUUGGUGGUUUAUCAGAUCGCCUAGGAGGUGGUUUCCGCUUCAAUCCUGAGGACCUCAGGGCUCACCUGCUGCGAACCGUUGAUCCUGUGAGGAUGCGCGCCUCCGUGCAGCACUUUUCAAACUACGCCCACAUUGCCGGUACCGAAGGCGACUAUGCGACUGCUCUGGAUGUUCAAGCCAUGUUUGGUCGAGCAAUGCUGGACGAGGUGAUGAUGGACGAGUAUCAAGUUUAUCUCAACUACCCCCGCAAGGACGGCCGUGCGGUGCAAAUAAUGGACAACAAGGACUUGAAAAAGUCCAUAUGGACAGCUAAGCUGGAGGAGGAAGAGGUUGGCGGCGAAACUGCAGGUCGACAAACAUACGCCUUUCACGGAUACUCCAAGUCGGGUGACGUCAAGGGACCCCUCAUCUACGCCAACUACGGUUCACGAAAAGACUUCGAGCAUCUUACAAGCAAGGGCGUCAAUGUCACAGGAGCUAUUGCGCUCGUACGGAAUGGCGGUUCUCUGGAUAACCAAGGUCUCAAGGUCAAGGCUGCGGAGCUUGCAGGCUUUGCCGGAUGUCUUAUCUACUCCGACCCUGCGGACGACGGCUUCAAGAAGGGUGCUGUGGCGCCAGCAGGACUAUACAUGCCCGCAGACGGCGUUCAAAGAGACUCGGUAGCUCUCACAAACUGGGGCAUCGGCGAUCCUUUGUCACCUGGCUAUGGUAGCAAGGGUGACCAAAGAAUCACUCUUGAUAAGGCAAACGGACUUGUCGGUAUUCCCAGUCUUCCACUGGCAUGGAGAGAUGCCAAGGUUCUCCUGCAACACCUCAAAGGCUAUGGCGAGAAAGUACCAAACAAGUGGGAAGGUGGCGUUCCAGAUGUCGAGUGGUGGACUGGCGAUGACAAGUCUCCGAUCGUACGAUUAAAGAACGAGCAGGACGAGGACUCGAUGCACACUAUCUGGAACGUCUAUGGUCGAAUCAAUGGCAUGGAACAAACAUCCAAGUCUAUUAUCAUCGGCAACCAGCGUGACUCUUGGGCUUUUGGCGCAACAGACCCUCAUUCAGGCACUGCCAUCAUGAUCGAGAUGGCCAGAAUCUUUGGGGACCUUGUGCAGCGAGGUUGGAGACCUUUGAGGACUAUCGAGUUCAUGUCCUGGGAUGCCUCCACAUACAACCUGAUUGGUUCAACAGAGUAUGUUGAGCAUAACUCUGAUGCGUUGCGCGACAACGCCUUUGCCUAUAUCAAUCUCGAUGCAGCCGUUGUUGGCAACGAAUUGCAUGCCUCUGGAUCGCCGGUGUUUAGAAAAUCUCUUCUGCACGCUAUGAGCCGAGUUCUCGAUCCCAGCACAAAUGCUACUUUGAAGGAUCUCUGGGACCAGAGUCACGCGGAGCUCAAACAGCCCGAAGGAAGGGGUAACCAUAUUCCGUUCCAAGACAUCGCCGGGGCUAGCUCCCUCGACCUGGCGUUCAGGGGAAGCCAGGUUCCUCAUCACUCAAGCUAUGACAAGAUUGCUCUGGUGGAUAACUUUGUCGACCCCGACUUCAAGUAUCAUGGCGCUAUGGGACAGGUAAUCGCACUUCUCAUUCUCGACAUGGCAGAUCGGCCCAUCAUGCCUUUUGACAUGGGCUGGUAUGCGCAAAGACUGGUUAAAUGGGUGAAAGAACUCGAAAAGUGGGCAAUUAAGCACUUGGAGGGUCAGCCCAAGGGCGAGACAGACGCUUUCAAGGAGCUCAAGGAAGCUGUCCAGCUCAUCCAACACAACGUCGCGACAUUCGAAAAGUGGGAGAUGGACUGGGACCGCGAUGUCUUGGGCAACGGAGGCUGGGAGGCCACCGACAUUGGCGCGUCUCGAUUAGCAUACAAUAACAAGAUGGCAUACUUUGAGACGGCGAUGCUGGAUCUUGAAAUCGGUGGUGGAAUUCCCAACCGCACACAGUUCAAGAGCGUCGUCUUCGGGCCAGAGGCUUGGUCCAACGACGGAGCUAUCUUUCCCUCAAUCCGCGACAGCAUAGAAGGGGGAGAUUGGAAGACCGCCAAACCCAUCGUUGCCAAGACGGCAGCGCUCUUGCGCAAAGCAGCAUCGAUUCUAGAGAUGCAACAAUAAAGCACUUGUAUGAUUUUGACUGAGCAAAAGCUCUUCAUCUAUUUCAUUUUUUAUAUUUUCUUCCCCUUCCUGUUUCUCGGUUCCUCGAUCUGAGUCUUGGCGAGCCCGCCCGUGUUCUUCUUUUCUCUACAGGAUAUACAUAGUUGUCUGGUUUCUGAUUUGGGAACUGCGUGACAACCCUUCACGCAAAAAGUAUACAGGAGGCAUUGUACGGAGUUUGGUUGCGUGGAUCCUGCUUGCUAUAUAUUGUUUUCUUGGGUAGGACUUGUUGAGACAUCUGGUCGGGAUAGAGUGACGGCCUGCCUGGCGACUA